CAUCUUAGUUUAGACUAAGACAGCCUUGAAGACCUGAAAGAUAGUGGGUGGAUGGAAACUGCAUUAUUCAAAAUAAAAUCCACUGGGAUCAUCCCAGCUGGGCUUUCAUCCUCUCAAACUGUAAAUAAUUAGCUGACUAGUAGUAAUUCAUAUGGUGUCUCAUAAGGUCAUUUGUUAAUGUGUUACUUGAGCAUAUUGUGAGAUUAUUCAAAGGCAUGUGGCUGUUUGCCUUGUUUCUUUUGGUUUACAAAAGUUUUUUUAAAGUUGCCUGUGUUUCAUCUGAGGCUUUGUAAUGCCGACCAUAAUGUGAAUAUCCUGGUGGUUGAUACUGAUCUCGGGUAUCAGGAGGUAGGGUCACUUCUCUGCCUGCAGCUGUGACAGUAACCACAGCCCAUCUUCUUGGAUAAAAAGCCUCACUGAAGAAAGCUGCACAUAUGCAGAAGUGGUAGCUGCUGUUGAUGUGAACACUCUUGCCAAUGAUGUUUAUAAGCACAACUUUCCCAGCACGCCGUUAUGGGCAAAGACUAUUGAGGGCAUAACACUGGAAGAAUUUGACAGAUUAUCUUUUGAUAUGAUUUUGAUGAGCCCUCCCUGUCAGCCUUUUACAAGAAUUGGUCUGCAAGGUGAUGUGUCUGAUCCACGGACUAAGAGCUUUCUCUAUAUCCUUGAUAUUCUCCCAAGGCUUCAGAAGCUUCCAAAAUACCUACUUUUAGAAAAUGUUAAAGGAUUUGAAUCCUCUUCUGCAAGAAAUGAACUUUUGCAAACACUAGCAACAUGUGGAUUUAAAUAUCAGGAAUUUCUCUUGUCUCCAACCUGUCUUGGCAUUCCCAAUUCUAGGCUGCGGUAUUUUCUAAUUGCAAAGCUUCACCAAGAACCAUUUUCAUUUCAAGCUCCUGGACAAAUAUUGACAAGAUUCCCAGAUCAGGAUUUACUCAAGGAAAAAGGUGCUGACAAAGUGGGUGAAACUAGUUCUUCUUUGUCCUCUGAGGAGAAGAACCUGCAUCUAAACAUUGGUCCAGAUUGCAGCAGCAAGAAGAGUUUACCAAAAGGGGCCUUUCUAUUUAAGCUUGAAACAGUAGAAGAGAUGGAAAGGAAACAUAAUCAGGAUAAUGAUUCCUCUAUUCAAAUGCUAAAAGACUUCUUGGAAGAGGAAAACGAAGAAAUGAGUCAAUAUUUCUUACCACCAAAGUCCUUGCUGCGCUAUGCUCUCUUGUUAGACAUUGUUAAACCCACCUGCCGGAGAUCCACAUGCUUUACUAAAGGGUAUGGACACUAUGUAGAAGGGACCGGCUCAGUUCUGCAGACAGCAGUAGAUGUACAGCUUGAAUCUGUGUUUAAACACAUUGACGAGUUAUCAGAAGAAGAGAAGCUUAUGAAAUUGUCAACAUUAAAACUGAGGUACUUUACUCCAAGAGAAAUAGCAAAUCUUCAUGGAUUCCCUUUGGAAUUUGGUUUUCCUGAAAAGGUAACAGUCAAGCAAUGCUAUCGUCUUCUUGGAAACAGCCUCAACGUACACGUGGUGGCAAAAUUGAUCUCCAUUCUUCUUGAAUAAUUUAGAACCUGAAACUGAUGUAUAUGGACUGCUGACAGAAAAUACUUCCAUCUUUUAGGAGAAAACUGAUGGAACCUGGACAAAUACCAGAGCUUAUCAAGAUACUUGUCCAGACAUUUUGCUGAACAAUUUUGAUAUAUUUUAAUAACUUGAAUUCAUUAUGGAUUUAAACUGUAUAGGUGUUUUAUUUAAAUGGCAGUUUGCAGGACUUAAUUGCUUUAUUUAAAUGUCAUUUUUAGUUUGUAGAAUGAAAAAUAGCAGGACAUGCAAAUACUUCAAUGAGAACAAUAAGAUUAUUUUAUUUUACUUUAUUUAUUUUUUUAUCUUAAAACCAUUUUCUCAGUAGUGUGAGAAACUGUGUCAAAGCUGUUUCAGUUAGCUGCAGAGAUCAAGUUCUAUCAAGUGUAAAUCGAUCAAGUGUAAAAUGUCUUCAUCUUUAAACAUAAGUGAUCCAUUCUGAGAAGACUUACUGUAUAUAUGAUCUGAAAUUUUUAUGUGUUUUUUAGCUCAUGAAACUAAUAAAUUCAGUAUUUUAUAUACAAUUUUUAA